CGGAUGACGUGGCCUGGUAACGUCCCCGCCGGUGCGGCCUCCCGGGAACUCGGCGCUCCCGGAACUGCCCGGGGCCUAGUCCCGUCGCGCGUGGGCUUGUGAGCGGGAGCAGGGGACCUCGGCGGCCCGGCGUGCGGGGCCCGGGCGGGGCCGCCGCCAUGGGGGACUGACGCGCCUGCGCCCGCUAUUCCGGGGCUGCAGCGAGACAUGAGGAGACCCCGCGGCCGGGGCUGCGGCGGCGGCUCGUGAGCCCGGGAUGGAGGACAAAUACGGCGGGGACGUGCUGGCCGGCCCGGGCGGCGGCGGCGGCGGCGGCCUCGGGCCGGUGGACGUGCCCAGCGCUCGAUUAACGAAAUACAUUGUGUUACUAUGUUUCACUAAAUUUUUGAAGGCUAUAGGACUUUUUGAAUCAUAUGAUCUUCUGAAAGUAGUUCACAUUGUUCAGUUCAUUUUUAUAUUAAAACUUGGGACUGCAUUUUUUAUGGUUUUGUUUCAAAAGCCAUUUUCUUCUGGGAAAACUAUUACCAAACACCAGUGGAUCACAAUAUUUAAACAUGCAGUUGCCGGGUGUAUCAUUUCACUCUUGUGGUUUUUUGGCCUUACUCUUUGUGGACCACUAAGGACUUUGCUGCUAUUUGAACACAGUGAAAUUGUUGUCAUCUCGCUACUCAGUGUUUUGUUCACUAGUUCUGGAGGAGGACCAGCAAAGACAAGAGGGGCUGCUUUUUUCAUCAUUGCUGUGAUCUGUUUAUUGCUUUUUGACAAUGAUGAUCUCAUGGCUAAAAUGGCAGAACACCCUGAAGGACAUCAUGACAGUGCUCUAACUCACAUGCUUUACACAGCCAUUGCCUUCUUAGGUGUAGCAGAUCACAAGGGUGGAGUCUUGUUGCUAGUACUGGCUUUGUGUUGUAAAGUUGGUUUUCACACAGCUUCCAGAAAACUCUCUAUAGAUGUUGGGGGAGCCAAACGUCUUCAAGCUUUAUCCCAUCUUGUUUCUGUGCUUCUCUUGUGCCCAUGGGUCAUUGUUCUUUCUAUGACAACUGAGAGUAAAGUUGAGUCUUGGUUUUCUCUCAUUAUGCCUUUCACGAUGGUUAUUUUUUUUGUCAUGAUCCUGGAUUUCUACGUGGAUUCCAUUUGUUCAGUCAAAAUGGAUGUUUCCAAAUGUGCCCGCUAUGGAUCCUUGCCCAUUUUUAUUAGUGCUCUCCUUUUUGGAAAUUUCUGGACCCACCCCAUAACUGACCAGCUUCGGGCAAUGAGCAGAGCAGCACACCAGGAGAGCACGGAACACGUUCUGUCCGGAGGAGUGGUCGUGAGCGCAGUGUUCUUCAUCUUGGCUGCCAACAUCCUAUCAUCUCCUUCUAAGAGGGGGCAGAAGGGCACCCUGAUUGGAUACUCUCCUGAAGGAGCACCUCUUUACAACUUCAUGGGGGAUGCUUUUCAGCACAGCUCACAGUCCGUGCCUCGGUUUAUUAAGGAAUCGCUGAAACAGAUUCUUGAGGAGAGUGACUCUAGGCAGAUCUUUUACUUCUUGUGCUUGAAUCUGCUUUUUACCUUUGUGGAAUUAUUCUAUGGCGUGUUGACCAAUAGUCUGGGUCUGAUCUCAGAUGGAUUUCACAUGCUCUUUGACUGCUCUGCCUUGGUCAUGGGACUUUUUGCUGCCCUGAUGAGUAGAUGGAAAGCAACUCGGAUUUUCUCCUAUGGGUAUGGCCGAAUAGAAAUUCUUUCUGGAUUUAUUAAUGGACUUUUUCUAAUAGUAAUAGCUUUUUUUGUGUUUAUGGAGUCAGUUGCCAGAUUGAUUGAUCCUCCGGAAUUAGACACAAACAUGCUAACACCAGUGUCAGUUGGAGGGCUGAUAGUAAACCUUAUUGGUAUCUGUGCCUUUAGCCAUGCCCAUAAUCACACCCAUGGAUCUUCCCAAGGAAGCUGUCACUCAUCCGAUCACAGCCAUUCACACCACAUGCAUGGACACAGUGACCAUGGACACGGUCACAGCCAUGGAUCCCCAGGCGGCGGCAUGAAUGCUAACAUGAGGGGUGUGUUUCUCCAUGUUUUGGCAGACACGCUUGGCAGUAUUGGUGUGAUUAUAUCCACAGUUCUUAUAGAGCAGUUUGGGUGGUUCAUUGCGGAUCCCCUCUGUUCUCUUUUUAUUGCUGUAUUAAUAUUUCUCAGUGUUGUCCCACUGAUUAAAGAUGCCUGUCAGGUUCUACUUUUGAGACUGCCACCAGAGUAUGAAAAAGAACUACAUAUUGCUUUAGAAAAGAUACAAAAAAUUGAAGGAUUAAUAUCAUACCGAGAUCCUCAUUUCUGGCGCCAUUCUGCCAGUAUUGUGGCAGGAACAAUUCAUAUACAAGUGACAUCUGAUGUGCUAGAACAAAGAAUAGUACAGCAGGUUACAGGAAUACUUAAAGAUGCAGGAGUAAACAAUUUAACAAUUCAAGUAGAAAAAGAAGCAUACUUUCAACAUAUGUCUGGCCUGAGUACUGGAUUUCAUGAUGUUCUGGCUAUGACAAAACAAAUGGAGUCCAUGAAAUACUGCAAGGAUGGCACUUACAUUAUGUGAAAGAACUCACAAAUUACCCCCGGAUGUGAACAAUGAAGAUUCAGUGACUUAGUAUUUGUAACAUUGCCAGGAGGACAGAAACUGCGUGUAAUUGUACAGAAAUUUUAAAGCUCCCCAUUAUUGGAUCAAGGAAUCUUUCCUAAAGGAAAUUUAAAUACUGAUUGAAGCAUUGAUCACAACAGUAAAAUAGUGAUUUGAAUUAUGUAUUUAAAAUGACUCUUACAAUUUGAGUGAACGUAAUGUAUCACAUCAUCUUCAGAAAUGGACACAAUGAUGGAUUCUUAUGAAGACCAAAAUUACUUCUGUGUUUCCUUUCUGUCAGAAAACAUCUCCAUUGUAAAUAUGUAUUUACGUGUUUAUUACAAAGAUCCAAAUGAAAAAUUUUUAGUCCAUUUUUUGCAUAGCCUAAAGAUAAAAUAGGAAUAAAAGUUCUAUAUUUAUGGAUUUUCUGUACAUAAAACUGGUUUCUAAUUAUAACUGAAGUCCAUUGGGUAAAAUCUGUAUUGCCACUUUAAAUGUAAACUAAAUUAUUUGAGAGAAACUUUAGCCACUGAUAUGACAUAAGCAGUGAGAACAGGGAAGUCUAUAACAGUACAGUUUGGGAUGUUACCAAAACCAACCACUCUGUAAAAUAAAUUUUUUACUUUUGUUAA